CUCCCUCGUUGCGCCCCUGAAGUGUGACAGGUAAUGCUUGAUUAAGCUGACUGCUUACCAACACGAAUUGUUUAACAAUGGAGGACGGGCUUAGUUGUUUAUGUAGCAGGGCGAAACGCGAAUGUUAAAAGAGUAUUGCAGAGAUGUCUUAGGCAGACCUAUGCGAGUGGUCAAUAAUUCUAAAUGACUAUUUCUUUGCACGCUGGUGUCAUGACAGCAGAUGAAAAGCCAGAAUCGAGCCAUGAAUAUAAUUUUUUUCUCGAUCGUCAACUUCAGAACAAACUUUUGGAUUUCGACGAACAGGACAUAGAUUCAAGAUAUUUGCAAAAUGUCAGGCUUGACGGUAAGGCUUAUAAAGCACAGGUACGGAGUGAGGAAGUUACAGGAUGGAUAUUUGAUACCAAAACUAAUUUUAGAAAGCCUGAAAAGGAAUCUAAUAAACAACCGAAAGAAUUUAUUCAGCCAUGGAAAGAUUACAAGGCAAAACAACAAAAAGAGGAUUCAUAUAUGUUUAGACAUUAUGGGGACCUGAAAAGAUAUAUUCAACAAUAUCGUGAGGAGCAUUCUAAUGCGAAUGGAUUUCGGCCUCCUGGUGUUCCAAAGUCAGAUAAUCCUAUUGGAGAUCUCCGGAAAUAUCUUCAUCACCAUUCUGCUCCAACCCCAAGCGCUGGUGCUACUCAUCAUCAAAACUCAACACAAACUCCAACAUCAACACAAACUCAGGUUUCAACAGUCUGUACACAGUGUACAAAUGCGAGCAGUAAUCAGCAGUUGAUAACUGCGUCCAUGUACUAUACCAAUCGGAAGGAUAGUUCUGUUUCUUUACCUAAUGGUGCUUCAGUGAGUAAUCCUCGUACCAAUCACAAUCAUAGCCAUGGACAUCAUUGUAGUAAACAUAGUCAUGUUAAUCCAGAUCAUGCCUACAAGUAUAAGCUAGCCCCCGAUGCUGCAUGGCGAUCAGAUUCUGUUCAAUCUUCAUGUGUGGAUUCGGACCGAAAUGACGGUGUUAAAACUCCAAGGAUAAACUCGGCAAAAGGAGACAGAGGGAAAUCUCCUACAAAAGUCAUGGUUCCUGCAGGUGCUUCCAAUGGGCCCCUUAAAGGUCACCCUUUACAGACUGUCACUGUGGCAUGGAGACUGCCAAGUCAAGCCAAGCAAACGGGAGACAACCCUGUACAAACUAACAGCUCCUCCAGAACAUUAGACACGCUUGCCUGUGUAGCGGCAGAAAAACAAGGUUAUUACUACGAAUACCCCAUGUCCCCAAAUGUGGCCUUCUCGCCUGACAACAUGGACUGCAAGAGUGAUAUUAGCUUAAGUAGACUUUCAACAACGUGUCUUGGAGCAGAAAUGAAGGUGCGGCUAAACGAAAGACUAGAACCGUCUUGCACAUUUCAUCUGUUUCCCACGGAAGCAGUUAUUGACGCACAGCCAAUUAUACUGAAUACAGGAAAGCCCAUUCUUUGGAAUCCCGCUAUUUCCUCGCCUGGGCAACGAAGGGACAAUCAACGAGAAACAAUGAUUUCCUCUCCGUUUAAAGGCUAUGCCAAGGUAAUAGAUCCAAAUGGUGACUACAGGUCAAAGAUGAAACUAGUAUUAAAUACAGAAGCGGGAAAGGUGGAUUUCCCUGUCAUCAAACCGAAGAAUGGUAUGCUAGUUGCCACUGAUAUCAAUCUCGGUGAUCAAGCGAAGUUUAAAAAGGAAGCAGCUCCUACAAAAAGCCACAGCGAAAAUGUUACUUCAGAAAGAAAAGCAUCAAGCGCCUCUUACGAAAAAACAAGUAAAUUGUUUUGUACAAAAAAUUUGAGGAGUAGAUUUGCCGGAUACAUCAAAGGAAAAAAAACACGUGCUAGUGCCUUGCGGAAAUCCGAAAAUGCAUCCACUAAUAGACACGCAUAUUCUGCCAGAGUGGUACGGUCAGAUAGGAGCGAAGUGACUGAGAGCCUUCAAGGAGAGACUACUAAUUCGGGAUUAAAUUACUGGACAGAAGAACCGGAAGAAUAUCAGAAGGAGUCUACUCAUGGAAAUGCCGUGGACGCUUCCACGAUCGAGAGUAGCGAAAGCAUGAAGAGAGUAGCUGAAUAUAUUCUGAGAGAAAGCAACUGCAGUGGAAAUAACGUAACACUUCAUGAGGGCAACUCUGACACUCCAACACCGAGACAUGGGAUGUGGUUUGAUUCAGCAGGAAGAGCUUAUGUGAGCCUUGCAGCUCGCUACGACCCUCUCAAGAAAUGAUCAUUUAUUAUAUUGAAUCAUCAAGAUCGAGCCUGAUUUUCCACCUGAUGCUGCAGGGCUCACCUGGUGUGAGAGACUCGAACUUCUCCGAGCGGUGAACAAACGACCAGAAAAGGUAAAACCAAAACCACCCAGGAUUCGAUUCUUCAAGGAUCCUCCGAAAGAAAGCCCAGACGCUUCUGGUCCCCUCGUUGCCCAGUCUACUCCCCUCGUUGCCCAGUCUACUCGCGCUCAUCUUUAUGAACAACGGCGAAUGAAACAUCUACUGGAACAGGCCAAAGUCAAAGGCACAGAUCAGUUUGAAUGGUUGACUGACAGUGUCCGGUUUCGUGGAGUAUCGUCAGAUAUUUCCGACUCAUCUGACGAUGACUCUGAUGACUUAUGCAGUGCUGGUGGGUCUUCGGGUUCGCGAUGUACGUCCACGAAGCCAUACGGACCCGGUAUGGAUGUUAACAACGCAGAAAAUGCUCUGCUGCAUAGGUACAAUAUGCCUUUAGUCAAGGGUGGUGGAUGGAAAAUGACCCCGUAUCCUGUUAUGAUACGUUCUCGUACCACCCUUUUUCAGAACUGAAGCGUGCCUCAUGUGGCUGGUCAACAGUAUGUUAUACAAUUAUAUAGGAGAAGUGAUAUACUGUGGGACAAAUAAGUAAAUUAAUCGGAAUGAUCAAGUCUGUUAAUUUGUUAAGGAUAUAUAUCGUAAUAAUAAUAUUUAAUACAUGUAAUACUUUCUUAAAUAUCUAUUCACUUUUACAAGAAUUUUAAUGUCUUUCCUUUUUAUUGUUUUACUUAAUUAUUUCUUUUUACAAAAUUUAUAUAGUUAAUGAAACUUAAUAAAUUAUAAGAACCUAAAACCUGACUGUUUUAAACAGUCGUUAUGCAUGUGUUUUGUAUUUGUUUAUUAUCUAAAUAUCAAACCAGUGAAGGAAUUAUUUUUGGCUGUAUCCUGUCCGAGGAUAAUGAGAACUUCGAGCGUGUUACAAGCAGGAUUGAUGCAUGUUGAUUAUAUAGCGUAUGCAUUGAUAUUGUUAACAUUAAACAUUUAGACCUUAACACUUUCAUGCCCAGAACAAAUGAGGUGCUAAUUGUUUCGUCCUUUACAUUCUGUCAAAAUCAGAAUUGUUUCUAAUGCUUGUAAAUUUAUUGCUAAUUUAGUUAAUUAGAUUUGAAAAUGAUCUGAUAACAAUAAAAAUUGCUUGGUAUAUCAAUGAUAUCUGUAGUUUACUGUUAUCCUACAUCAAUGCGUUCAUAUUAAGAACCGGAAAAAUGCCUUAUGAAAAUAUACUUAUUCUAUAUAUCUUUGCCAAAAUUCUUAUAUGUUUAUUGUUUCAGUGGAAUGUUUUACAGCAUAUAACAAAAGAAUAAUGUAUCCGAAAGUGUAUAAACUCAAGUUAAAAUGAAAUACUUUAUCGGUACCCAUAAACACAGUGCAACGAAGCAAUAAAACAUACAUGUAUUUUGUUCCACAUCGUGAUUUUUGACAAGUACACCAAUAAAUCAAACUACGUCAUUAACAGGAUACACUCACGGUUUUACGUAAUUCAUACAUAAACGUACCAGACAGAGGGAUCAAUAAAAGUCGAGCGGGCUCAUGUUGUAAUUGUCCCUGGUAUCUUCUGUUGAGAUAUAUACAUUUAUCAUUUAGCGGAGUUACUAUCUGUCGAAUAUGGACGACCCCAUGUACUUGCGUACAACAUAAAUUGUCACUUUACGAUAUCUCGCACCGCUUUAUAUAGCAUCCUGAAACAUUAGCAUAAAACGGUGUAUUGUAACCUUUGAAUAUAAUUUUACCGCUCGGUGAUGAUUUAUUUUCUACAUAUGUAUACCAUUAAACUGAUCAUCUUUAGGACAAAAUUUAUAAAAAGCUUGAAAUGGGGUCGAAAUAUAUUGCCAAAGUGAGACCUUUUUCUCGUCAUAUACUGUCAUUAAUUUUUGUUUUUAAAGAAAGAUACUGUACCUUAAAAAGUUACACUAGACAAGAACAAAACACGCAGUUUCUUACGAAAUGUAUUCAUGUAAUUGCCAAACACAAACGUACGAUACGUUCUCUGUGAUAACUAUUGUUUAUUAUAUUAUAACACGGGUGAUGAUACUGUUAGAUUGAUGAAUUGUUAUCAUACAUACCCAUGUGACUGGCCAUUUCAUAUUUCAGUAUGUUUUUUUUAUGAUGAGAAUCGCUGAAAAAAAGAUUGGCACGUAUAUGUAUACCUUGGAUCAUGGUGAAAGUUGAAAAGUGUACAACGCAAGCAAUUAUACUUUGUGGUGUAAGGUCCUUAAUUUAUCCCUGUUGUUUGAAUCAUUAACUCAAUUGCAUGGAACGGAAGAUGUUAAACCUUCCUAUAUAUGUAAACGUAAUCGUUGAUCAUGUUUUAUGACCUACAAUAAAAUUAUUACUUUA